UAAUAUUAUAUAUAUAAUGAAUAUACUAUAAUUUAAUCUAUUUUUUUUUAAAUUCUCUAAAUAAAUAAAAAAAGAAAAUAGUAAAACUUGCGUAUAAUACAAAAUUUUAUCCAUAGCACAUGUAUGAAAUCUAAAGACGGAGUGAAUACUUUGUAAUACCGGUUAUUUCGCUUUUUGUAAAAGCGACAUAAGUUUUGUGAAUAUUUAAUCAUAAUGACUGCAUUAAGUGGUUUUAUGGAAUUUUUUCAAAAAGGAAAGACAUUUAGGCCAAAAAAGAAAUUUGCUCACGGAACUUUAAGAUAUUCUUUGCAUAAACAAGCACAAGCUUCAUUGAAUUCAGGAAUUAAUUUAAGAUCUGUUGUAAAAUUACCUCCUGGAGAAGAUUUGAAUGAUUGGAUAGCUGUUCAUGUGGUAGAUUUUUUUAAUAGAAUAAAUUUAAUAUAUGGUACUGUUUCUGAAUAUUGUGACUCUGCAUCUUGUCCAACAAUGAGUGGUGGAGCUCGUUUUGAAUAUUUAUGGGCAGAUGGUGAAAAAUAUAAAAAACCUACUGCAUUACCAGCACCACAAUAUGUUAGUCUUCUUAUGGAUUGGAUUGAAGCUCAAAUUAAUAAUGAAACCAUUUUCCCUGUAUCAACAGAUGUACCAUUUCCAAAAACUUUUGUCCUACUAUGUAGAAAAAUUUUGACACGUUUGUUCAGAGUUUUUGUCCAUGUUUAUAUACAUCAUUUUGAUCGUAUUGUAGCAAUAGGAGCAGAAGCACAUGUGAAUACGUGUUAUAAGCAUUUUUAUUAUUUUGUAACAGAAUUUGAAUUAAUAAAUACAAAAGAAUUAGAACCAUUAGCUGAAAUGACAGCUAAAGUUUGUAAGGAUACUGCAUCACCAACACAAACAACAGCACCAUCAAAUAAUGCCAGAUAGUGAUGAACUUAAUAAAUGUAUAAAAUCAUAAUCAAAUUAGAAUGAGAUAAAUUUUUUCUAAUGAUGCCACAAAAUAUCACUUUUAUUACUAUUUACAAUAUUGAAGAAUUUCAUCAAGUGCUUUAUUGUAUAGUGCUUCUAAUCUUCUAUUGGGGAUAAUUUAUUAAUAUAAUUAUCUCUUUUUAGUUAGUCAUAAAUGUUAUUAAUAUAUUAAAUAUAUAACAAAUUAUAUAAUUAAAUU